AUGGAAGGUAUAUUAGCUCUUGAUCGUGAGCUAGAUAUAGGUCUCUUGGACCGCGUUGUCCAAACAUUUUACAUGGGUGCUGGUGCAGAACAGCAAGAAGCCCAAAGAGUUUUGACCCAGUUCCAAGCUCACCAGGAUGCUUGGAUGCAAGCAGAUGCUAUUCUGGAAAAAGCCGAAUUUCCUCAAACCAAAUACAUUGCUCUUUCUAUCCUUGACAAGCUCAUCACUACUCGUUGGAAAAUGCUUCCCAAAGAGCAACGUCUUGGAAUUCGUAAUUUCGUCGUUGCUGUCCUAAUCAAAAAUUCUGCUGAUGAAACAUCAUUACAGCAACAGAAGACUUAUUUAAAUAAAUUGGACUUAACACUUGUUCAAAUUUUGAAACAAGAAUGGCCCCAUAACUGGCCCAAUUUUAUCCCAGAAAUUGUUCAAGCUAGUAAAACCAACCUUGCUCUCUGUGAAAACAAUAUGAUUAUCCUUCGUCUUUUAAGUGAAGAAAUUUUUGAUUACUCCGCUGAACAAAUGACUCAAAACAAAACCAAAAAUUUAAAGAACCAAAUGUGUGGUGAAUUCGCCGAAAUUUUCCAAUUGUGCUCGCAAGUUUUGGAACGCGCUCAAAAACCCAGUCUUAUUAAAGCAACCUUAGAAACCUUACUCCGUUUUCUCAGCUGGAUCCCUCUUGGUUAUAUUUUUGAAACGGCCAUCACGGAGCAAAUUACUAGUCGCUUUCUUACUGUUCCCGCUUUUCGUAAUGUCACUAUGGAAUGCCUUACCGAAAUUGCCGGUCUUACUUCUCAACCUCAGUACAACAAUAAGUUUGUUUCUAUGUUUCACUUGGUCAUGAGUGCUGUUAACUCCAUGCUUCCUUUGCAAACUGAUUUUCGUGAAGCCUAUGAAGAGAGCAGCUCAAAUGAGCAAGAUUUCAUUCAAAAUUUGGCUUUGUUUUUGACCACCUUCUUCAGCUCUCAUCUUCGUCCUUUGGAAACCCCAGAGAAUCAAGAAAUUCUUUUGAUUGCUCACUCGUAUCUUCUUAAUAUUUCUCGAAUCAACGAGCGUGAGGUUUUCAAAAUUUGUCUGGAAUACUGGGGUAGACUGGUGUCCCAGCUUUACGAAGAAAUGCAACAGCUCCCCAUGUCUGAAAUGAAUCCUUUACUUAAUCUUUCUAGUCCUGCUUCCCUUAUAUCCUCCAACCCUGCCAUGUUAGCUAAUUUGCCAUUGCGCAAACAUAUUUACAAAGACGUUCUAUCUACGCUUCGUUUAGUCAUGAUAGAGAACAUGGUAAAACCGGAAGAAGUUCUCAUUGUUGAGAAUGACGAAGGUGAAAUUGUUCGUGAAUUCGUCAAGGAAACUGAUACAAUUACUCUUUAUAAAUCUAUGCGUGAGGUAUUGGUUUAUCUUACACAUUUGGAUGUCGUUGACACUGAAAUCGUUAUGACCGAAAAACUUGCCAGAAUUGUUGUUGGUACCGAAUGGUCAUGGAACAACCUAAAUACUUUGUGUUGGGCUAUCGGCUCUAUUUCCGGUGCCAUGAAUGAAGAAAUGGAAAAACGUUUCCUUGUAAAUGUUAUUAAGGACUUGCUUGGUCUUUGCGAGAUGAAACGUGGUAAAGAUAACAAGGCAGUUGUCGCCUCCAACAUCAUGUACGUUGUCGGACAGUAUCCUCGUUUUUUGAAAGCACACUGGAAAUUUUUAAAGACAGUCAUUAACAAACUUUUCGAAUUCAUGCAUGAGUAUCAUGAAGGUGUUCAAGAUAUGGCUUGUGAUACAUUCAUCAAAAUUGCUCAAAAAUGCCGUCGACAUUUUGUAGCUCAUCAAGUCGGGGAAGAAGAACCAUUUAUUAACGAAAUUAUUCGUAAUUUGCCAAAAACCACUGAAGACUUGACAGCUCAACAAACUCAUACUUUUUACGAGGCUUGUGGUCACAUGAUAUCUGCUCAACCACAAAAACAGCUUCAAGAGCGUCUUAUUUUUGAAUUGAUGUCGUUACCUAAUCAAGCUUGGGAUAAUGUUGUUGUACAAGCUGCUCAAAAUGCACAGAUUUUAGGAGACCCUCAGAUUGUCAAGACGCUUGCCAACGUUUUGAAGACAAACGUUGCUGCAUGUACAUCUAUUGGUGCAGGUUUUUAUCCACAAAUAAUGAAAAACUAUGUUGAUAUGUUGGGUUUAUACAAAGUAGUUAGUGCCUUAAUCUCUGAGGUUGUUGCAGUCCAAGGAAAUAUUGCUACCAAGACACCUCAUGUUCGUGGCUUACGAACCAUUAAAAAGGAAGUCCUUAAGCUUGUUGAUGCCUACAUUAGCCAUGCCGAAGAACUUGAUCUUGUUAGUCACACCCUCAUUGCCCCCUUGUUCGAAGCAGUUUUGUUGGACUACUAUAAUAACGUUCCUGACGCUCGUGAUGCCGAAGUUUUAAACCUUAUUACUACCAUUGUCAACCAGCUAAGCGAGCUUCUUACGGAUAAGAUUCCUCUUGUGCUGGAUGCGGUUUUUGGUUGCACUUUGGAGAUGAUUAGCAAGGACUUUUCAGAAUAUCCUGAGCAUAGAGCUUCCUUCUUCCAAUUAUUAAGGGCAAUUAACCUUAACUGUUUCCCAGCAUUGCUUAACAUUCCAGCCCCUCAAUUUAAAUUGGUAAUUAACAGUAUUGUCUGGUCAUUUAAGCAUGUCAGCCGAGACAUUCAGGAGACCGGCUUGAACAUCCUUUUGGAACUAAUAAACAAUAUGGCUACUAGCGGUCCUGACGUUUCUAAUAUUUUCUUCCAGAACUACUAUAUUCCAUUGUUACAAGAUAUAUUGUAUGUUCUUACAGACUCCGACCACAAAUCCGGAUUCAAACUUCAAAGCUUAAUAUUAGCCCGGUUGUUUUUCUUGAUAGAAUCCGGCCAAAUUACCGUUCCUUUAUACGAUCCCACACAAUUUCCUCCUGACAUGAAUAAUCAACUGUUUUUGAGACAGUACAUUAUGAACUUGCUGAGCAGUGCUUUCCCCCAUUUGCAGCCUAUGCAAAUUCAAGAGUUUGUCCAAACCGUGUUAGCACUAAAUCAAGAUCAUCCCAAAUUCAAGCUAGCUUUACGUGACUUUUUAAUUCAACUUAAAGAAUUUGGUGGCGACAAUGCUGAUCUGUAUCUUGAAGAAAAAGAACAAGAAUUGGCUGCUCAACAAAAGGCACAGAUGGAGAAAGCUAUGACAGUUCCUGGCAUGAUUAAACCAGUCGAUAUGCCUACAAUGGAAGAAGAAGAGCUUUAA